AUGACAAGCGAUACGAAAUUGCCGACUGGGGAAGAAAGAUGGGCCGACGACGCCCUGCAAGAGAGCGCAGAAACGGGAGUAUAUGCCAACCCAAGUCGAAUCAAUUACAUCCACCAUCACAGCGAACACUUCAAAUUCGACGGACCUCACAUUUUGGCUCCACCGCCACAGCGCACGCCCUUCCUCUUCCAGGCCGGGACAUCAUCAGCCGGUGUAGCAUUUGGCGCCAAACACGCCGAGGGAAUCUUUGUGUCAGCGCCAUUGCCCCACAUCCUCGCAUCGCGCAUCAAAGCCAUCUUCAAUGAGGCAGCGCGAGUCGGCCGUGAUCCACGAUCGGUGAAAAUAUUCGCAAUUUUCACACCGAUAGUUGGCCGGACAGACGAGGAAGCCCGGGAGAAAUACCGCGAGGCUCUAGCAAAAGAAGCGAAGAAGCAGGCUUUGCCUUUUUUUUUUUUUUUUUUUUUUUCUGAAAGCAGCGGCAUCGACCUCAGCAAGUUUGAUCUACACUCGUCACACCAUCAGACGAGCAUGUCGAUGCACGGCUACCAGAGUUCCGACGUGCCGUCGUGGACGCCAAGGAACAUCGGCAAGCGCAUCUCCAUCGGCGGGGCUGGACCUAUUCCAGUUGGAUCCGCAAGCACUGUCGCGGACUUCCUGGAGGAAUGGGUCCGCGUGGCUGAUCUGGACGGGCUCGAUAUCGGUUACGUCCAGACACCGGGUACUUUAAGAGGAUGUUGUUGA